AUGAGCUCUGCUGUUUAUUUCAGCAAGUUCUUGGUCACGAACCAGGUCUUCUACAAAUCGAAAUACUCAUUCGCACUUGUCAACUUAAAGCCCUUGGUUCCUGGUCAUGUUUUGGUAGUGCCAUUGAGGACCAGUGCUAUUGAAUUGACCGAUUUGACGAAUGAGGAAAGUGUAGACUUUUUCGCAACUGUAAGACUGGUCAAUGACUUCAUCAGAUUCCAUUUUAAGGCUGAUUCAAUGAAUAUCGCAAUUCAGGAUGGUCCAGAGGCAGGACAGACUGUCCCACAUCUGCACACACAUAUUAUUCCACGCUAUCGCGCGAACAACGUCGGGGACAAAAUUUACAAGUUGUUGGACAAUUGGAAUUUCGAAGCUUGGGCUGAAAGGCGUGAUGCGUACAUCAAAACUCGUGGUGAAGAUAGCUUUGCCAAGCCUGAUGACCAAAGGGUUGAACGUACUGUAAAAGAUCUAGCACAGGAGGCUCAGCAGUUACGAGAGAGCUUGGUCAGAUUUCAAGCCAGCAAAAAGAGCUAG